AUGACUGAUAAGUCUCUGAAUGAGUGUCCAGCUCCACCAUCACUUCAGAUCCUGGAACAGAGAUGGAUCAUUGAGCUGAUGUGUGCUGGCACUCAAAAACUGACUGAGGAUGAGCAGUUCGCGCGCUGGUGUGCAUGCAUCAUUGUCUGGUUCAAGCUGCAGUGUCAGAAGCAGAUUCAGCAUCAGGGUCAUCAUAAGAAACAGCAGCCGCCCCAGCAAGAUUUCCAACCUGACCCACCCCUAGACACCAUGUGA